GACAUAUGAACAUUGCGCAAUAACUAAAAGGGAAAAAUUUGGAGUGCUGCAUUUUUGUUUAGCCUAGAAUCUGACGACUCUUCUACUUUUCUGGCGAAUUUAGUAAAGUGCUGGGAAAAAUUUAAUUUAUGAAAUUUGUGCUGUUCGAAUACGAAUACCAUGAACAGUAUGAAAGAGUUAAUCUUGACAAGUGUUUUCACCGAAAACUUCGACCAUGCUGAAGCGGUAAAAUGGAUCACGGAGAAUCCAGUCGAAUCUUUCCAACUGGCAAAGGAAGCCUCCUCUACUUUUCUUCGCGACAACUGGACUGGCCCGCCUGCAACGGUUCCAUCAGUGCACGACGAACUCGCCCGAAAAUACCUUGGCGAUGCGGAACCUGCUUACCAUCUCUGCCGAAGUCCGUCGAAUCUUGUGAUCGCCUUGAAAAUCUUAGAGAGCCUCACACGUACCACAUCGAAAUUUCAGUAUCUUCUGGAGCUCGUUAAGAUUUACUGGAUGCAACAGAAUUUGUUGGAAGAAUCGUUGCCGCAGCUAUACGAAAAUGUCCAGAAGAUUUCCGCGAUUGUGGACAACGAUGAAUCAUUAACAGCCGAAUGUGAUGUCAGGAAUAAAGUUGAAUAUUACCUGAUAAUGUGCCACAUUGCCGCAUAUUAUCAAGAUUUCGCCAAGGCGACAUUCCUUAUUCAAAAAGCACAAAAGCUGGCGAAGGUAUCUUCGAGUAUUACUGGGAUCCUGGGCAAACGGACGCGGUUUCAGGAAAAAGAUUAUGCGCAAUUAGUUGUGGAUGUGGGCAACGAUAACACUGUGAAGAAAACGGGACAUGACACCGAUGUGGAGUGGCGCAAUUUGCCGCAUAAUGUUCCACUAGACGAUGACACAUUACUUCCUGUGCGAACGUUAGCGGAAGACCUUCCACAGCGUCAUUUACAAGACCACGAAGCUGCAGUGCUUUUAUCCGAAGGUCUUCUUUUGCACCGCCGUCAAGCGAAACAGAAUCUGCAGGAUGAGGAGAUCAUGGCAUUCAUUGAAUUCAUCCUCCGAUCCCGGCCACCCUACUCCAUCCAGGCCACAGCCCUGUUCCAGCGAUCAAAGUUGGAAGUGGACAAAGUACGCAAAACGCUGCGUGCUAUGCAGCAGUUGGAAACCCUCUUGACCGCUUAUAAUUCAGCGGACGGUGCCAGUUUCUCCGAACGAGAAAAUCUGGCUCUGGCGGUAAAUUUGCCACCUUUCUGGAAAAUACAGCAGGAACUGGGCUACGCGCUUCUGCUCAAUGGAUGCACAAGGGAUGCUGUGAAUAUUUUUACUUCGAUGGAAUUAUGGGAAGAUGUCAUUGAGUGUUAUCAGCGCGUCGGUCAAAAAGUCAAGGCAGAAGAUUUGAUUGUGAAGGAACUGGCGGCCCGUCCACUGCCAUCGAUGUGGUGUCGGUUGGGAGAUCUGCGAGAAGAUGUGGAGUGUUACGAUAAAGCUUGGGAACUGUCGAAACAUCGUAGUUUCCGGUCGCGGAAAGACCUGGGACGGUUGUACAUUAAACGAAAAGAAUUCACCGAGGCUGUGAAAGUUUUGCGAGAAGGUUUAGAAGUGAACGCCGUCGAAUCAGGCACGUGGUUCCUUCUGGGAUAUGCGCUGGUGAAACUGAAAGAAUACGGUUCGGCGGAAACAGCCUUCCGGCGCUGUAUUAGCCUUGACCCGGACAAUUCGUUAGCUUGGAAUAACCUGGGCUCGAUUGCGUUACAUCUCGGAAAUGACCAAAAAGCUUACAAAAUUCUUCGUGAGUCAGUUAAAACCAAUUUCGAGAACUGGAAUAUAUGGGAUAAUUAUCAGAAUGCGUGUCAGCGUGUUAAGGAUUUUGAUGAAGAAAUCCAUGCUUUUCAUCGUUUAUUGGAAUUACGGGGAAGUGUGAAUGCUGAAGCGCUGGCCCUGUUGGUAGCUGCUGUCGUCGGGGGUGUUACGGAUCUCCAAGGUGCAUCGGCCACGCGUUUAUUAGCCAAAGUGAAAACCCUUAUGGGCGCGGUUACUGCGAAAAUUCCUGAUAACUCCCGAAUUUGGUAUUUGUAUGGCAAGCUGCAAGCAGCUGAAAUGACAACUGUCCCAGGAAGUGAGCGAAAAGAAGUGCUGGAAUCUGUUGUGCAGAAACUGCAGAAAGCAUAUCGGCAUUCCGUUAGAGAAAAAGAUUGGGAAAAGGAAGAGUCUUCCCUGACGAACUGCCUGAUGAUAGUAAAAGAACUAACAGACGCUCAGACGUCUCUUAUGGAAGCUGACAUCAGUGAAGAAGAGCGCCAGUCGAUCAAGUCAUCGCUAAGGGUCAUGUUGGAGAGUGUCGUUAUUAAAGUUCAACGUUCGUAUCUAAAUGACAUUUCCGGGGAGCUGCGAGUACCAGAGGGAGUUGUGAAACUGUUUGAGUCCAUUCAGCAGAGCCUUGUGAUCUUUAAGAAUUAACCGCGUGAGAGUUGUUGUUUUAAUUUUUUUUAUAUUUUUUCAACAGCAUUUUUUAGAUGCGUUGUUUUGAGACUGGUCACCGGCGCCUAAAUCGGGUUGCUUUCCGGUAUUAGAAUUACUGUUCAGAAUAACAGUAUCCGUUAACAACACACUGCGUGACUG